GUCGGGACAGAGGGUUCCUGGCCUGUGUCUGCCUCCGCCCACUGGUCUGCAAUGUCCGGCUGGAUUAAAUGAAUGAAAUGUGGGAGAGAAGUUUGGUUGAUGAUCGAUCCUGACAGACUGGUGAUCGAUAGCGGCUGUUGGAGGCCUCAGUGUUGUGAGACAGCAGUGAAACUUCCAGGUGUUGUGCUAAAAUCUGCCCCCCCCCCCUCUCCUUCCUCUGGUGUUGUGAGCUGCUCUCUGUCACUGGGGAGGAGGAAACGGGGAGAUGUUUUUAGGGUGACAAGUCAUGUUACAGCCUGACCACUUCCUGUAGGACCAGAACAGCUUUGACAUGAGCACCACAUGAAGACAGAGGAGGACUUUAAGCAGACUAAUUCUGCAAUCCAGUGGGGGUGUAUGAGACCAAGCUGUUGUUUUGUUCUGGAUUUCCCCCUGCAGUCAAAUGAAGGUGGGGACACAGAUCCAGAUGAUACUAACAAUCCAGCAGGCCAGAUUCGUUAAUUCUGUUUGAUAUUGGCCAUGGCCCACGGCACCAGUAUCCAGUAUGAGCCUGUGGCAGAGAUUGGAGGAGGCGCAUACGGGACAGUUUACAAGGCCCGGGACACAGAGAGUGGGCAGUUUGUGGCUCUGAAGAGUGUGCGCGUCCAGACAGAUCAAAAUGGCCUCCCGGUCUCCACAGUCAGAGAGGUGGCUCUGUUGAGAAGGCUGGAGCAGUUUGAUCACCCCAACGUGGUCAGACUUAUGGAUGUAUGUGCCACCCAAAGAUCGGACCAGGAGACUAAAGUCACUCUGGUGUUUGAACAUGUGGACCAAGACCUCAAGACGUACCUAGAGAGAGCCCCAGCUCCAGGAUUAUCCCCCACCCGCAUUAAAGACCUGAUGAGGCAGUUACUGUGCGGCCUUGCAUUCCUUCACUCUAACCGCGUGAUGCACCGAGACCUGAAACCAGAGAAUAUUCUGGUAACCAGCCAGGGCCAGGUGAAGCUGGCUGACUUUGGCCUGGCCAGGAUCUACAGCUGCCACAUGGCCCUCACUCCUGUGGUGGUGACACUGUGGUACCGACCCCCCGAGGUUCUGCUGCAGUCCAGUUAUGCCACACCUGUGGAUAUCUGGAGCACUGGCUGCAUCUUUGCUGAGAUGUUCAGACGCAAACCUUUGUUCUGCGGAGAAUCAGAAGUGGACCAACUUGGCAAAAUUUUUGAAGUUAUUGGCCUGCCACCAGAGGAUGAGUGGCCGACUGACGUAACACUCUCAAGAAAACACUUCCUCCCUCUCUUACCUCGCCCAAUCACUGACUUUGUUCCAGAGAUAAAUGAGCAGGGGGCGCAACUAUUGCUGAAAAUGUUGACCUUCGACCCUGUGAAACGAAUAUCGGCCCUGAAUGUCCUUGAACAUCCAUAUUUUCAGGAUCAGGAGACAUUGACUUGAAACGAUGCAGUGAAAUGUGCAAUGAGAGGUAACAGUGUCUAAGUUUAGACCUGGCCUAACCUUAAAGGAUUUAAAAUUUAUUCAGUGCAUUACCUUUCAAGACGCCUGGGUUGUGCUUUGGGAUUUUUUUUUGUUACUCCUACAUCAAAAAAGGAUUAAAGCCUGAGAAAUGGAAUAAAAAAAGAAGAGGAGUGAACAGACGGAUCACUGGCAUGCUUUCCGACGUCACAAUUAAUGAUGUUAACAUGUCGUGUCUUCAAGGACAGUACCAGUGUUUUUGAUGUCUGAUUUAUGUAUCAGUCCCGUCCACAGGGACCGAUGCACAGAAACGUCUGUCGUCUUCUCUAAAUGUUGCUCUUGUUACUUUUGUACAGUGUUUAGACAGAGGGAAGCGGAGAUGUCGUCUUUUCUUGUUACAGGCUGAACAUAGCCUGACAGAAGUGACACCUCAGGGUUAGAAGAGCCAGUUGUUAGUGAUCGUACUGUAUUUUUGUUGAUAUUUAUCAUACUAUCAUACUAAAGGAACAAAAAGACCAUGGGUUUUGGGAAAAUCAUGAGGAACUGAAAUAAUAGUCUGAAAUAUGCAGAAGAAAAUGCACAAGAAAGACACACAUGACAAAAAUACUGGUAUUGCCCUUAAAUAUUGUUAUAAAUUGUUUCUUUUGUCCAAGGACUGAAGGGUUGGACUUCAUUUCAUUUUUAACAGUUUCUGUCUGUUUGCUAAAACCAUCUUAAAUCAACCAGCACUGCAACUACAAAUGAAUUAAAAAAAAUGUAAUCACAUUCAGAUUUCAUUCGUAUAUUAUACAGAUGACAGUAUAACAUGGAUAAACAUGAUUCUAUGAAAUAUUUUGUGAAAAAUACAAUGAACUAUAUCAGAUACUAACAAAUAAAAGUUAGCGUCACAAUGCUGUUUUUGUUUUCUAAUACUGACCAAAUAAACAGUUAAUGAAUGUGGCUGUCUAAAUCA